GCAGAUUUUAAAACUCUGAAGCUGCGAGCGAUUCCAGAACAUACUCGAACAACAUAAAGAGAGAAAGGAAGAAAGAAAAAGCGAGAGAGGGAGCGAGAGAGAGAAAGAGGGAGGGAGAGGGAAGGAGAGAGAGCGAGAGAGUGAGGGCGAGAGAGUAAGCGAUAGAAAGACACUGAGGGAGAGAGAUAGAGUAAGAGAGCGGUAGAAGUAGAGUGAGGGAGAGAGAGAGAGAGUGAGGGAGAAAGCAAGAGCGGGUAAAAGAGAGAUAGAGAGAGGGAGGUAAGUGAGAGAGAGAGAGUGUGCGAUAGAGGGAGAGUGAGGAAGAGAGAGGGAGAGAGUGGAGGAGAGAGUCAGAGAGAGGAGAGGGAGAGCAGCAGUGAGUGAGGGAACGGUAGUGCGCGCGGCGCUGCUGUGCUGCUGAGCGGGAGCGGAUGGAGCUGUCCUCGCUGGGUGAGCGCGUGUUCGCGGUGGAGUCCAUCACUAAGAAGAGAGUGAGGAAGGGAAAUGUGGAGUAUCUGUUGAAGUGGCAGGGAUGGUCCCCUAAGUACAGUACAUGGGAGCCGGAGGACAACAUACUGGAUCCUCGACUCGUUCUUGCCUUUGAGGAGAAGGAGGAGCGGGACAGGGCUCAGGCCCACAGGAGGAAAGGCCUAAGGCCACGGAGACUCAUCUUACGGAACAUUUACGCCAUGGAGCUCCGAAGCGCUCACAAAGGUCCAGUAAAACCACCCCCCAGAAUCCGCCUUUCCCUAGCCCGCUCGGUGGGGGCGGAGCUAGAGCACAGUGGGCGGCGCUUCAGGGCGAAGGUAGGCGGAGUCUUUCACCAUCGGCAAGAAAAGCGCAAAAGCAGGCAGUGCGCAUUCAAGCGGCCAAACUAUGCCGAAAAUCCACGGCAACGACCUCCGACCCAUAAGAAAGACUCUGCAGAGGAGGAGGAGGAGGAUGAGGAAGAGGAGGAGGAGGAGGAAGAGUGGGAAGAGAAAGAGCGGGAGAUGAGAAAGAGGAGGAAGACAGAAAAGGACGACGAGAAAACAACAGACAUGCGUCAUGACAUUGCAAGCGUCAAAAAGAUGGCAGUAGACCACGCCUCCUCGAUGGAACAGGAAGCUGUCGUCAUGGCCAACCAAUCAGACCACUGCGUUUCAUCAGAUGAAAGCGGGGACCAGCCAACCAAGCCUUUCCACUCUGACAGCAGCAGUUUAGUUCAGAGACUCACAGACCAAUCAGCCAUCAGCACAAUCACAGACACACACGAGCAGGAGCCAAUCACAGACAGGUCAGGGGGCGGGGCCUAUGUUCUGACAUCAGACGAUGAGACCAAGUCUGACCAAUCACUGAUCAGCAGUACAGAAUCGGUUUCUUUGCUGAAAGGAGCGGGUUCGAUUGACAGGGUCCAGAGACGAGCGUCGGUGAUACAGUUGAUUGACAGCUGUGUGCAGGGUCAGGUGAGGGGGGCGGGUCAGGCUGACGGGUCAGUGGACGAACCGGAGAGGGGGACGGACAAGGACGAGGUCACGGCCGAGUGCACAACUACUUUACAGCUGAGCGCUGAGGUCACAACGAAGGCCGAUGACGACACACUGCAUCCUGGGAAGGUGAUUGUGACGGACGUGACCAUUAACUCUCUGACCGUGACUUUUAAAGAGGCCAUGACUGCCGAGGGGUUCUUCAGCGGGUACGGCCUGCAGGUCUGAGGGACAGUGAGAGGGAGGAAACCGGCCACAGGUUUACAGCUACUAGAGGAACACUUCAACUCCAACUGCUAGCAUGACUACCAGAUACCAGAUAGGGAGAAGUUAAAGCGUUAAAAUACAGUCAUAUGAAAAAGUUUGGGCACCCCUAUUAAUCUUAAUCAUUUUUAGUUCUAAAUAUUUGGGUGUUUGCAACAGCCAUUUCAGUUUGAUAUAUCUAAUAACUGAUGGACACAGUAAUAUUUCAGGAUUGAAAUGAGGUUUAUUGUACUAACAGAAAAUGUGCAAUAUGCAUUAAACCAAAAUUUGACCAGUGCAAAAGUAUAUGCACCCUUAUCAUUUCAUUGAUUUGAAUACUCCUAACUACUUUUUACUGACUUACUGAAGCACAAAAUUGGUUUGGUAACCUUAUUGAGCUUUGAACUUCAUAGCCAGGUGUAUCCAAUCAUGAGAAAAGGUAUUUAAGGUGGCCAAUUGCAAGUUGAGUGGCAUCAUAGGCUCAUCAAAACAACUCUCAAAUGAUCUAAAAACAAAGAUUGUUCAACAUAGUUGUUCAGGGGAAGGAGACAAAAAGUUGUCUCAGAGAUUUAACCUGUCAGUUUCCACUGUGAGGAACAUAGUAAGGAAAUGGAAGACCACAGGGACAGUUCUUGUUAAGCCCAGAAGUGGCAGGCCAAGAAAAAUAUCAGAAAGGCAGAGAAGAAGAAUGGUGAGAACAGUCAAGGACAAUCCACAGACCACCUCCAAAGAGCUGCAGCAUCAUCUUGCUGCAGAUGGUGUCACUGUGCAUCGCUCAACAAUACAGCGCACUUUACACAAGGAGAAGCUGUAUAGGAGAGUGAUGCAAAAGAAGCCAUUUCUGCAAGCACACCACAAACCUCAUUUCAAUCCUGAAAUAUUACUGUGUCCAUCAGUUAUUAGAUAUAUCAAACUGAAAUGGCUGUUGCAAACACCCAAAUAUUUAGAACUAAAAAUGUUUAAGAUUAAUAGGGGUGCCCAAACUUUUUCAUAUGACAGUACUUACGAUAACAAUUAUAAGAUUACUACUGGUCCGCAAGUUCUUGUGUAAAUCUCUUGAGUUUAGCUUUAAGGAACCAGAUUAUUCAACAAUCAACUUUUGAUCAUUUUCCGUCCACAACAGCUGCAGUCGAUCAACUGUGGAACAGUGUGUUCACACUACAGGUUAUGUGUGGGCAAGAACUUGACGAUACAAUAUGAUAUUGUGAUACUGUUAACAGGGCAAAACUAUAAUUGUAUAAAAAUAUCACAUUCACGAAAUUGGAAUAAAAAGACUAAGUUUACUUUUUUUGCAGGCCUAACAGUGGGAUCUAAAGACAGAUUUAAAUAGAUCUAAAAUCUAUGUAGUGGGCGGGGUUAACCCAACGACUUCUUUGCAGUCUGACUGACCCAUACACUAUAUAUAUUCAGUGUUUACAUUUUACAAGAUAGUGCUGGAGCUACAAUGCUAUUGUUGCUAAUAAACAAUAAAGAAAAGUCAACUUUUCAUCCAGGUCUUCAUUAGGGUGGUACUGAUUCCCAAUAAGGUGCAGGUUUUCAUUCCAGCCAAUUAGAAGCACAUAUUAUCAUCAGUUGUUUGGCGACUGCUGGACUAGGCAGAUCCAGUUUUGCACAGUGAUCUAGAUUUAAAAGAAAAACAGCACUUAAAAGUGAGGCAUCAUGGGGACAAUCCAAUUUAAGCAAAUAUGUGUAUAUAAACACAUACACAAAGUGAUUUGCAAUAUCAAUAAUACCACCUGCCUAAUAUUUAAUAGAUUUUCCGAUCUGAGCUGGCACUAAAGCCUGCUGUGCACUGUGAAUUUUAGCAUGAUUUUAAGCUCAAUCUGGUCGUGCUGAUCGGGCCCAAUUUUAGCUUCAUCGUGUGUCGUUUAAUGCGCAGUGUGAGAGGGGAACUAUGUCCAAUAAACUGCCCAAACGAGCUGCGAUUAAGGAGUCUGAGGUGAGGAGGGAUUUCUGAUAUUUCAAAAUAUUUGGUAGAUUUUUUAAAGUCAAGACCUGUUUUCCCAAAAUUCACUGCAAAUAUAUUCAAAAAAGCCUUUCUUGUGGAGUGAUGACCUUUCUCAUAUGGGUAUCUUGCGUCUGGAUAUAUGGAGAAACCUUUUUGAGGAGAUCCUAAAAUCCUCAAAUAAAUGAACAGCUCUAAUAAUAUGGAGAAACACAUUGUCUCAGCCAUGUAUCUUCUUUUUUACAUGGAAUUUUAGAGCACAACAGGGCACAAGUUAGCAAAGCUAUGCUCUUUUUCAAAAUUUUGCAUUCUGGUGAACCGAGCGCUUGUGUCACGUCUUAGCCCUGUCUCAUGUCUCUGUGUGUCUUCCCCACGUGACCUGUGCCUCUCUGUGUCUCCUGUCAGUAGAUUUCAACCAUGUGUUUCUCAUUUGUAGCUCCGCCCCUUCCCCAGGUGUUUCCAAUUCUAGUGUGUUUUAUGUUACUAUAAAUAGCCCUCCUCUGCCACCUUGUCCUCCGUCGGUCUUUGCACCUUCCCCUGUUGUUUUGUCUCUCUAUUGUUUCACCGCGUUUCAUAGCCCAAGUCCUUGCUCUGUGUUUACCUCUGUUUAUCUCGUGUAUAUUUCUGGUUUCCUGUUUAUUUCCAUUGUUUUCUCCUUUGCCCUGCUUAGUUUAGUUCUCCUUGUCUAGUUUAGUUUCUUGUUUAGCUCUAUGUUCCCUGUAUAUAACCUUAGUCAUUUGUUUCUCGUUUAUUUCUUGUUUUCACGUUUAUAGUUUAUUUCCUUAUUUAUUUUCUAGUUUAUUUCCCAUAUAUAUAUAUAUUCCCUGUUUGUUUAUUAUUAUCAUCGCUCGUUUGUUAUUGGUUAUUUGUGUUUCUUUGUUUCAUGUUUACUUGUUCCUCGUUUCUAUGUUUCUUUGUUAUUUAAUUAAUAAAUUAUUUGUUUAUUUCGCCCUUACCUGCACUUGUGUCCGCUUUCCUCGUCUACCUGCCUGGGUCACUCCGUGACAGCUUGUAUGCAGAUAGAGCUCUGUCAGUCGGACUAUACAGUGUGCACAUAUGAACCGCAGGAGUAGUUUGUACAUGACAAACAAUUUAAACUAUUCAAACUGGCUUAAGAAAAGAUGCCAGCAGCAGAUCAAUUUAAUUUCUGUUGUAGGCGAAGCCUUUAUAAGCAUCAUUGAGUCUUGAGCGCCCAUGCCCCUGGUGCUCUUCACCUUACUGUUCUGGUCCAGUCGUCUAAAACCUCACAGUUUGGUUCUUGUCAAAGAGUCUUCACUUUUUCCUGCUCUUCCACUCUAAUACAGGAGCAACUGAAAUCAGAUCAUCAUUUCCUACUCCUGUCAGUGGUUUAAAUGUUAUGGCUGAUCGAUGCAUAUGCUGGAUGUGUAUAUAUAAACUGUAGAAUAAAACUGUAGAAAACCACAUAUCAUAUAUAAUAUUUGACGUUUACCAGCAUGUAAUAACAGAAAUGAGAAAUGAGCAUGUAAUAACAGAAAUGCCUACAGACCAACUCCAGUGUUUAUUAGCAACAUUAGCAUAGCACCUCCUGUUUUAAACUAAGAAAGCACAUUUCCGAUGCAAAACCAUGUCUUGACUGACUGCACCUGGGGUCACUAAUCAAUCAUGAUACUUUAGUUUCUCACCUGAUUCAACUGGUUCUGAAAAGACUAUUAUACCAAAGAACAGGCAGGUUGAAACACAGCCAAUCAGAUGCUUUUCUGCUUAUAACAUCACUGCGGUUAAUUGGUUAACUGUGGGUAACCAUCAGCCGCAAAGGAUACAUCAGCUGCGUCCUAAAAAACUAUCUAAACAUUAACUGCUUUUCAAUUAAGGAGUUAACAGUUAUGGCAGGACUUUUAUCCUUUAAGGGCAUUCUAGACAGGUCUUAUAUUUGCAUAAACAUGACAUCAAUUUCUUAAAUCCCCUCUGAACACAAUUUUAUUUAAAAAUGACCAAAAUACUCUCUUGGGUGUGGUCAUAAUAUUCUAUUAAACAUGCGUGACUGACAGCUGUCCAACACUGACAAACGAAUGCUUGUUCAUAUUACCAUGGCAACACCAGCUUGCUUGUUCCGGUUGCUCAGACUAGAAGAAAGCGUGGAGCUGUUAGCAUUGUGAUUGGUCAAGUUUCUGCUAAUGUCAGCCUGAACCUAUUUUAGACCGCCCAUUCUACAUCCAGAAGAGUUAUAGUGAUGAAAUAUAGCAUUUUAUAAAUUUAUCAGAUUUUGGAAAUAUGUAAGUAUGCUGUUCAUUUACAU